AUGCUGCGAUCAGCCGUUGCUCGGAGCAGUAGAAGCCUCGAGCAGGGCGCCCGGCUUCAACUGAGGCGCCAAGGGCUCCAGCAGCGCUCAUGGCAGCCUCUGGCAGUAUGUCCCUACGAGAACAUGACAAUCGCUCCACCUCACUGACGCCCUAUGCAGAGGACAUACGCCGACGCCCGAUCGCCCGAUAAGAUUGUCUUGCCAGGCUCUCAGAGCGGCACCACUGCUGGCGUCCCUCAGACACCCAUCCUGGAUGCUGCUACUCCCACCAAAGACGACAUCCCGCCCAGCGCGAUCCCCCCAGAGCCUCCUGCGCCUGCUGAUGUGGGAUCAACACCGCCUCCGCCUUCGACCAACACAGGCAACCUUCCUCCGACAGGCACUGGCUCCGCAAAGACCGGUCCAUCAUCCGCCCCUCCUCCACCUCCACCUAAAAAACGACACCGAUUCCGCAACUUCGUUCUUACCCUAUUCCUCCUCUCAACGUUUGGAUACGCUGGUGGAGUGUACUACUCGCUGGUAAACGACAACUUCCAUGAUUUCUUUACCGAAUACGUCCCUUACGGAGAGGAUGCCGUGGCCUACUUUGAAGAUCGCGAAUUCCGAAAGCGCUUCCCAGGUAGAGAUCUUGGCAGCAGACAUUGGCCCCAGACCCGCGGCGAGAAUAAGGUUACCGUCGGUCGUCAGAGCGGUGUUACUCCUCGCGUAGCGGAGAGCGAAGGUGGCUCAGAUUUGGGACAACGAGGCAGACAUUCCAGCGCAAUGGCCGAGAAUACGUCUAGGCCUGCGCCGACAAAGCCGGAGACCCCCUCGGUGUCUUCUGAAAAGCUUCAAAAGACGGAUAUGUCUUCGGGAACUACAGCAAAGAAGAACGAGAAGACCACGCAAAGCACUUCAGAGCCAAAGUCUUCGGCGCCGGCUGUGUCGCUUGUGGACAACCUGCAAGUCGCUGAGGGCCAAGAGCGUGCUGUACAAGAGCUUGUCAAGCUGGUGAACAACAUCAUUACUGCGAUCAAUGUGUCGCCAGAAGCUGCCAAGUACGCUUCGACUGUACAAACAGCCAAGGGUGACUUGGACAAGGUUAUCAGCGAAAUCAAGUCCAUGAAAGACCAGACUGCUCAAGAUGCCGACAACAAGAUCAAGAGCGCACAUACAGAAUUUGACAAUGCUGCCAAAGAGCUUGUGCGCCGCCUGGAGGCGGAGAUGCGCGAGCAGGAGACCAGAUGGCGCGAGGAAUAUGAGCAAGAACGAGAGAAGCUGAGCACCAGCUAUCAGCAGAAACUUUCCGCCGAGCUCGAUGCUGCGAAGAAGGUUUUGGAGCAGAAGAACCAGAACGCCCUCCUUGAGCAGGAGGUGAAGCUGCAAAAGAAGUUCAUGGAUGAUGUGAAGGCCAAGAUUGAGGAAGAGCGCAGCGGCCGCCUCGCGAAAUUGGAUGAAUUGUCGAGCAGCGUUCAAGAGCUGGAGAAACUGACGGGAGAGUGGAAUGAAGUCGUCGACGCUACCCUGCAGACCCAGCACUUGCAAGUUGCGCUCGAGGCGGUGAGAGCAAAGCUACAAGAAUCCGACCACCCCACUCCUUUCAUCAACGAGCUCGUCGCGCUAAAGGAAGUCAGCAAGAACAACACCGUGGUCAACGCCGCUAUUGCUUCUAUCCACCCAGUUGCCUAUCAACGCGGCGUACCUUCGGCCGCGCACUUGAUUGAUCGCUUCCGACGAGUUGCAACGGAAGUGCGAAAAGCGUCAUUACUUCCUGAAGAUGCUGGUGUUGCCAGCCACGCCGCCAGCGCGGUUCUCUCGCGCUUUAUGUUCCAGAAGAAGAGUGACCGAGGCCUGCCAGAGGGCGAGGAUGUCGAAGCUACUCUUGGCCGCACAGAGGUCUUGCUGGAAGAGGGCGACUUAGACGCCGCAGCGCGAGAGAUGAACAGCUUGAAGGGUUGGGCUGGUGUUCUUUCUAAGGAUUGGGUGCAGGAGUGCAGACGAGUCCUGGAGGUUAGACAAGCUGUCGACGUGAGUAGUAUUUUCUCAACUGAACAUGCAACAUGUGCUAACGAUUUGCAUACAGGUCAUCGCAGCGGAAGCACGACUUCAGAGCUUGCUCGUCGAUUAA